CCACCUCCACCUCCUCCAGAGGCAUGGCAAGCUGUGAUGGCCGCAACCAAUGCAAAUACACAGCUGAUCAUGCAAAUUCUUCAAGAGCGCAAUCAAGGCAGUCAAGGGAAUCAAGGCAGCAAUCAGAGUCACUUUGCUACACUCAACAAGUUCCUUGCUAACGGGCCAAAGACUUUCAGCAAUUGUGUUGAGGCAACCGAUGCCGACGAUUGGCUUGUGGAUCUGUGUAAGCAUUUCGAGUGCAGUAACGUCAGGCCUAAGGACUUUGUCAAGUUCGCUUCCUUCCAACUCAAAGAUCAAGCUGCAGAAUGGUUCCAGCAGUACAAGGACUCCAGAGGUGGACGUGUUAUCACUUGGGAUGAUUUCCGUCGAGAUUUCAGGGCUCAUCAUAUUCCCCAGAGCGUGGUUGAAAGCAAGCGUGAGGAAUUCCGCAAUCUGAAGCAAGGCUCUUUGUCUGUCUAUGACUACAACAAGUUGUUCCAGAAGCUCGCCCGCUUUGCCAAGCAGGACAUCCCUGAUGAGAAGAGCAUGAUAUGUCAGUUCAGGGGUGGUCUCAGAGAAGAAAUUCAGCUCGCUCUUGUCCUCUUUGAGCCCUUGAGGUACGAUGAGUUCUACAACAUGGCAAUGAAGCAAGAGGCUGCUCAGUUGAGGUUUCUGACUCCGCCUGAUGAAUCCAAGCCGUACGAGGUAUUUUGUGAUGCCUCUCUCCAAGGUCUUGGCGCAGUAUUGAUGCAAGAGAAGAAAGUUGUUGCUUAUACUUCUCGCCAGUUGAAGCCUAAUGAGAAGAACUACCCCACUCAUGAUCUCGAGUUGGUGGCAGUUGUGCAUGCUCUUUUGACUUGGAGACAUCUUCUAUUGGGAAGAAAAGUGGACAUUUUCACUGAUCACAAGAGUCUCAAGUACAUCUUCACGCAGCCUAAUCUCAACCUCAGGCAAACUCGUUGGGUCGAAAUGAUUCAAGAGUAUAAUCCGAGUAUUGAGUAUACUCCAGGCAAGGCCAAUGUGAUUGCUGACGCUUUGAGCAGAAAGGCCUACUGCAACAGUCUGAUUCUCAAGCCUUAUCAACCCGAGCUUUGUGAAGCUUUCCGCAAACUUAAUCUGCAAGUUGUUCCUCAAGGUUUCCUCGCCAACCUUCAAGUCUCUCCUACCUUAGAAGACCAGAUUCGCCAAGCCCAUCUUCUUGAUGCUAUGGUGAAAAAGGUGAAGAUUGGGAUUGCCAAGAGUCAGUCCAAGUACAAGUGCUUCCGCCUUGAUGACAAGGACACUCUCUUCUUCGAGGAUCGUAUUGUUGUGCCCAAAGGUGACCUCCGUAAAGUGAUCAUGAACGAGGCUCACAAUUCUCUCCUCUCCAUCCACCCUGGGAGCACGAAGAUGUAUCAGGACCUUAAGCAAGUUUAUUGGUGGACUCGAAUGAAGCGCGAGAUCGCUCAAUUCGUGAAUGAAUGUGAUGUCUGCAGAAGAGUGAAGGCAGAACACCAAAGUCCAGCUGGUCUCCUCCAACCUCUUGCUAUUCCAGAAUGGAAGUUUGACCACAUUGAAAUGGACUUCGUGACUGGGUUUCCAAAGUCCAAGCGUGGCAAUGAUGCUAUAUUCGUUGUCAUCGACAAACUCACCAAAGUGGCUCAUUUUCUUCCUAUCAAAGAGUCGAUCACUGCAGCUCAAUUGGCGGAACUCUAUACCUCUCGAAUUGUCUCUCUGCAUGGUAUUCCUCAAGUGAUCUCUUCAGACCGUGGCAGCAUCUUUACCUCGAAGUUUUGGGAUUCUUUUCAGAAGGCCAUGGGCACUAACAUCCGCUUUAGCACAGCUUUCCAUCCUCAAACAAGCGGUCAAGUCGAGCGUGUCAACCAGAUUCUUGAAGAUAUGCUCAGGGCUUGUGUGAUCUCCUUCGGCAUGAAGUGGGAGGAUUGUCUUCCUUAUGCUGAAUUCUCCUACAACAACAGUUUUCAAGCAAGUUCGGGCAAGGCCAGAAUGGUGAAGGGGAAGGGGAAUGAGAAGGGAAAUGCACUUGGGAAGGAGAAGGAGAAGGGCAAGACGAAGGCAAAGGAGAAGAGCUUAAGUUACUUAAUUAGGGUAAAAAACACCCUCUGCGGCCUUCGCGUCUCCCUGACCGCACCAGCGCUGACGUGCGUGCCGCGGAAGCUGCUGCCUUCGGUGUCAGAGGAGGAAGAGGAGGAGGACGAUGAGGACAAGGACAAGGGCAUUCAGGAGGAGGACAAGGACGAUGAGGAAUACGAUGAAUUUGUCGUCCCGCCUGGAGGUGAUGAUAUGUCGGAUUCUGAUGAGGAUACGUCGAAAUGGUACAAGGAAUCAGAUGCUAAACUAGAAGCCGAAGGAGGUGAUGAUAUGUUGGAUUUCGAUGAGGAUACGUCGGAAGGGUACAAGGAAUCAGCUGCUGAACUAGAAGCCGAAGGAGGUGAUGAUAUGUCUGAAGAAGAAAUCGUGCACGUUAUUUCCAGUGGCGAGGAGGCAAAAGAAAAGAACAAGAAAAAGACCAAGAGGCCAAGAGCCAAUGCUCCUAUUAGGAUGUCGUCAAAAGUUUGGGUCCAUUUUCAUAAGGACAAGAGGCCAUCAAAGGAGGAACCUGGAAAGCUUGUGUUGAAGGCAUGCUGCAAUUGUUGUGAGGCUGAAUAUGCAUAUCUCCAAGGUGGUAGCACCUCAACUCUUAGAAGCAGUGGCGGAGCUAUGGCUGGGCAAAACCAAGCCAUGGCCUGCCCAGCCAAAUAA